AUGUUUGAGGAGAAGGUUCUAGUUGGAGUCGCCUCGGUGUUCUCGACGCUCGCCGUCGUCGCCGUCCUCAUCGUUGUACCAUCGUUAUACAACACCAUCAACGAGGUGCACGAUGAGGUGCUCGAUGGAGUUCAAGUCUUCCGCGUUGAGACCGACUCGGCCUGGACUGAGAUGAUGGACAUCCAGAUCACCGUCACCCCACCAACCAAGCCACGUGUCAACCCAUUCAACUCCAUCUUCCGUCAGAAGCGUCAGACCUUCUCUGGAUUGCCAGCCUGGUGCCAAUGUGAGCCAACCAAACCAACCUGCCCACCAGGACCCCCAGGACCACCAGGACAGCCAGGACAGCCAGGAACCCCAGGAGCUCCAGGACCAAAGGGAGAGGAUGCUCGCACCACCUAUGCUCCAAUCACCUGCCCACAACCUGAUACCAAGUGCAUCCAGUGCCCAGCCGGUCCACCAGGACCAGCUGGACCAGUCGGACCAGCCGGACCAGCUGGACCAGACGGACGCCCAGGACAGCCAGGAAACCGCGGAAAGGACGGACACCCAGGAGGUCCAGGACCAGCUGGAGACCGCGGAGCACCAGGAGCCCCAGGAAAGGACGGACAGCCAGGACACCCAGGAAAGGACGGACAACGCGGAAAGGGAGCUCCAGGAGCGCCAGGACAGCCAGGAAAGCGCGGACCAGCUGGACCAAAUGGACAGCCAGGAAACCGUGGAUCCGAUGGACAUCCAGGACCAGCCGGACCAGCCGGACAGCCAGGAGCCCCAGGACACGCUGGACCAGACGGACACCCAGGAACCCCAGGAGGAGCUGGACGCCCAGGACCAGACGCUGCCUAUUGCGCCUGCCCACCAAGAUCUGCUGUCUUCGUUUCCCGCGCUCGCCAGUAA